AAACAAUGAAGCAAUCUUUCACUCUUUCAUUCCUCCUCUUUGUUUUCUUACUCAAUCUUUCACUAGCUUUCUCAAACGAAGAUGUUGAACAAGUACUAGACAUAAAUGGUAAUCCUAUUUUUCCAGGUGGCAAAUACUAUAUUUUGCCCGCAAUUCGUGGACCUCCAGGUGGAGGAGUCAGAUUAGACAAAACUGGUGAUUCAGAGUGUCCAGUUACCGUCUUACAAGACUACAAAGAAGUUAUCAAUGGUUUACCAGUAAAAUUUGUUAUACCAGGAAUAAGUCCUGGUAUAAUAUUUACUGGUACACCAAUUGAAAUCGAGUUCACUAAAAAGCCUAAUUGUGCUGAAUCAUCAAAAUGGUUGAUAUUUGUCGACGAUACUAUCGACAAAGCUUGUAUUGGUAUUGGUGGUCCUGAAAAUUAUUCGGGUAAACAAACAUUGAGUGGCACAUUUAAUAUUCAAAAAUAUGGAUCUGGAUUUGGUUAUAAGCUUGGAUUUUGUGUUAAGGGUUCACCAAUUUGUUUGGAUAUUGGAAGAUAUGAUAAUGAUGAAGGUGGAAGACGUUUGAAUUUGACUGAACAUGAAGCUUUUAGAGUUGUUUUUGUUGAUGCUUCUUCUUAUGAAGAUGGAAUUGUUAAAUCUGUUGUUUAAAUUUUGACUUUUGGUAACUAGCUAGCUCGUGUAACUUAGUUCUUGUUUUGGUGAAUUUUGUGCUUUUGCAUAAUGUAUGCACUUAAUAAAUGGAAUAAUACAUUGUUGUGUGCUCCUUCCUUUUC